AUAAACAACUUUAAAAUGAGUCUUGAAAAAACAUUUAAUAAAGCAGCACACCAUUUACAGUUAUUGGCAUCAGAAUUAAAUUCUACAGAACUCUUGAAAUUCUAUGCUUUAUACAAACAAGCUACAAUUGGACCCUGCAAUAUUGCAAAGCCUAAUUGGUAUCAAAUGCAAGCUAGACAAAAAUGGGAAGCAUGGAAAAAUCUUAAUGAUAUGAGUUGUGAUGAUGCCAUGAAUAAUUAUAUACAAGAAUUAACAAAACUUAACCCUAAUUGGGAAGAAGAUGCAAAAUCUGAAUCUAAUAGUUGGGUUGCUAUCAGUCGGUUAAUAAAUAUGGAAGAAGAAAUAAGUGAUACAGACAAAACCUUUUUAGAUUGGAUAAAAGAAGGACAUGAACAAAAGGUACAAGAACUGCUAGACAAAGAACCAAAACUUGCAAAUUUAAUAGAUACAGAAGGUCUGUUACCUAUACAUUGGGCUGCAGAUCGAGGCCACUUAAGGAUUAUAGAACAAUUAGUUAAAAAAGGAACAGAUAUAAAUUCACAAGAUGAAGAUGGACAAACACCAUUACAUUAUGCAGCAUCGUGUGGACAUCUUGAUGUUGUAAAAUAUUUGCUUUCUAUUGGAGCUCAAAUUAUAGAAGAUAAUAAUGGUAUGACACCCAAAGAUAUUGCUGAUAAGCACUUGAGGGGUAUAUUAUGA